AUGGCUGCGCCCAUUACUUAUAAGGAACUUAUAUCGGUGUCUUAUUUAUUGGUGAAUGCGAACGAUCUAAGUAGAAGGAACGUGAAGAUGAAUGGAAUGAAAAUGCACAUUGCACAAAUAGAAUAACUAUAUAUGCCCUAAAAACCUCCCAAUUGUCAACUGUUCAAGAAUUCACAUGUGGAAAUGGUUUGCCAAUGAUAACGUAUGUCCUUUAAUAGCCGAUGUCUUCAUUUUUAGUUUGGAAACAUAUUGGAAUGGAUUUACUGAAAGGUUAUUCUGACGAUAGUGGAACUGAGGAUGCAGAACAAUGUGUAGAGAAUGAUGAAGAAAGUAGAUCAGCUGUUGGUUCCAGUAAAAAGACAGAGUUAAACAGUGGGGGCCAUUCAGCCAUUGACUUCUUUGGUUUGAAUGAUGAUUGUGAGGAGGAGCCUGAAGAACCACCAUCAAAGAAAACUAAGGAGUAUAAAAUUGGAUCAAAGGGGUCAGAGGUGCAGGUUGAAGUCCCUGACAGUGAUUUUUGGAAAAACUUUACUCCUCCAGAUGAUCUGCAGGAAUAUAGUGGGAUACUGAAAAAGAAUAAAGAUCAGCAUCUGCAUUCACUGGAGGGUAAGAGAGAGAGGGUUCAAAGUUUUCAGCAAAACUGUGCUCAGCAGACUAAAAGAAGACAUUUUAAUGAACGUGGAAUACAUGAACAGAUUUCUCACAGUGGAGCACAGGGGUCAUCAUUCAGGACAUGUCAUUCUCAGAAGAGUCCUUCCACUAAUGUUGAACACACUCAAAGGCAACUGUUUUACAUACACUCAAAGAUAUCACCCCAUUUAACAAAGACGAGCAACAUUCAAAAUAGGUAUCCACAAAAAAUUGAGAGAGAAGUAGAUGAUUAUAAAGAGACAGUGAAUCGGGUGGUGUGGAACAAUCCACCCUACUGUCAUUUGUUCCUGUCAGCUUCUAUGGAUGGAUCCGUACGGAUAUGGAACAUUUGGACUCAACUGUCCCCCUGUGUGCAGUCUCUAUGUGUCCAUAAACGGGCUGUGAAAGAUGCCGUCUGGAGCCAAGAUGGAAGACAUGUUCUAAGCUGCAGCUAUGACAAGACUGCAAAAUGGAUUGAUGUAGAUAAAGGUAGUGUUUUAUCUACUUUUGGUCAGUCUUCUUUUGUCACAAGUUGUAAAGUCCAUCCCAAUGACCCCCAUCUCAGCAUCACUGGGGGUCAGAACGUGAUCCACUGCUGGGACAACAGACACAGCCAGUCUCCCUGCAGGACCUACACUUACAAGGACUCCUUUGGUCAGGUUCAGGAUCUACUAUUCAGCAGGGAUGGAGACAUCUUUUUCUCAGCAGGAGAUGAGAUUAGCCGAGACACUGCGGACAGGAACAUCAUGGCCUGGGAUUUUAGGUCAACCAGUGCCAUAUCUAAUCAGAUCUAUCAGGAGAGGUACAGUUGUACCCGCCUGAAGCUUCAUCCUACAUCUGGACAUUUUCUUGCCCAGUCUCAUGGAAACUAUAUAGCCCUCUUCUCCGUCAACAAGCCAUUCAAGAUGAACAAAGCAAAGCGCUUUGAGGGUCACAAGCUGUCUGGAUAUUCUAUUGGAUUUGACAUUUCUCCCGAUGGAUCAUUAGUUUUAAGUGGGGAUAGUUCCGGACAGGUUUUCUGCUACAACUUCCAGACAGGCAGGAUCAUCAAGAAGAUCCAGACAGGUCUGGAUGUAGUCAUGGAUGUAAGCUUCAAUCCAGUCUUGUCUUCAACCACUGCAGUGUGUGGAUGGAAUGGGAAGAUACAAGUCCUGAGUUAAAUUCCACAUAUUUGAAAGUGUCCAGCAGUUAGUUAUAGCAACCCAUAAUUCAGGAAGAAAAGAUUUUAAAGUUCAUCUGAAUGAAAGUUUGUUCCAGCAGAGAUCUAUUCUGUUGUCUUGUGGAUAAAGAGAGAUGGUCAACAUCAACAAAUGUCAAGCAAGAUGCACUGAUAUCAACACUUCCUCAGAUCUGCAGAAAAGUCAGAAGUUUGCUGUUCUUUGCAACAUUGUCUGCAAAAUAUGUCAAGUUCAUAAUUGGAAACCGUAUCAAGUAGAAAAGGUCGCCAAGGGCUGCCCUCUGAUUCUCCUCCGUAACUGCCAAACUUUGACGACUACACU